UUUCUGUUUCGCUCGCUCCAUACAAUGCUUUUUUACAGAAGUGUGCGUGCAUGCAAGUGCUUAUGUAGUUGUAUUAUCUUAUGUUAUCUAUAUAUGUUGUAUCUUCCCUUUUAUAACCGACUUCAAAAAAGGAGGAGGUUCUGUGUUCGACUGUUUUUUUUAUGUAUGUUCACCGAUUUCUCCGUCAAUUGUGGACCAUUUUCCAAAUUUCUUUUUUUAUUCGAAAGAGUGCAACCAAGUCAGGAUAUGAUGGUGGAAUCCGGGGAAAUCGAGGGAAGCCAUCAAAUUUCAAAGGCACGCACGAUGUUUUUUAUGCAUGUUCACCGAUUUCUCCGUAAAUUGUGUUAUUGUUUACUUGGACGAUGUAAUUUUAACUAAAGUGAAUGAAAUAUUUUUUUUAACAAAAAAUAAAACCGACUUCAUAAUCGAAAAUGAAACUAAAAGUAAAAAAUAAUAUCUGGUUCAUGAUUUGGAAGUCGGGCGGGGUCAAUAUUGAAACAUUAAAAAGAUUUUCGUUUCGGAUCGGUAAUAAACGUCUUUCAAUCUUGACCCGCCCGACUUCCAAGUCAUAAUACUCUCCAAUAUUAUUUUUUACUUUUUAGUUCCAUUUUCGAUUUUGAAGUCGGUUUAAGCUUUUGUUAAAAAAAAUUGUUUUAAUCUAAUGGUAUUGGUGUUUUUUAUGGGACAAGAAAUAUUGGUUUAUCACGGCAUUUGAAUAAUUCCAUUAUGCGAUGAGUUCAAGAAAUUGUGCCUACCUACUGAUGUUUUUACCAUUGAAAAUUACUAUUAUGUAGGUCUUACCCAAGUAAGGCUCUACUAACCCUUUGCAACUGAGUUUGUCCAGUACGGCAAGUUAUCUUGAGAUUUUGCUUAACAAAUAUAUAAUAUAAUAAAAAUGUUUUUUUAGAUUCCACUGAGUUUAAUCUGACUGAUACAUAAAGAAAGAUUUAAUUGUAUGCCAUCGUGGGAAAGUUAGUAGCUGAUAAAUAGUAUGUUUUUCUCUCAGUCCUAUUACAAUAUGGUAAAAUCGAAAAAAAAUUGUAAUGUUUAAAAUUAGUAAUAAAUAUAGAAACGCCAAAGAGAUCCCAAAUGAAAGAGAGAUCAAAGCUUAACGCAACUAUAUGAAAUUAAUAGUUACUUACACCUCUUGCAUCAUUUUUUGCAUCAAUAAUUAAGUAAUGUAUCGAAAAGUGAUAAUUUACUUCAUGCCCACUGAGUAAUUAAGUGAUAAAAAAUUUAUACUCUUAGUAGCUCUAUACAUAUUUAAAAUAACAUGCAAUUGGUAUCAAUUCUGGCGUGAUGCUCUGUACUUAAAACUUAAUUUAACAUCAAUCUCUCAUUUUCAUUAUGUAUAGAAAAUGACAAGGAAGCACUGUUGCCAAAUUUAAGUUUAGGUUUAGAGAAUCAUGUCAGAGUUGACACCAUUGUUCGCAUUUAACUACUGCAUCGCUGUCGCUGUAAGCAACGAUGUGGUCGACGAUGUAGCACGUUUAACAAAAGUAACCCAUUUAUAUACAACCGAGAUAGCACAGAAUUAGUUUUAUUAGGGCAAGCCCAACUAUCUAAUUUCAUGUUUGUUUACAAAUAUAAAGCGCAUACCUACAUAUACAAAAUUUUGACGCAAUAUUUUCCGAGAAUCUACUAUGAAUGGAUGUACGCAAAAUAUUUCGCUCUAAAUAAUUGUGCUGAUAAUGGUACUAUUGUAGCUAAACGAAAUCAACGUUUGAAAUCAUGCGAGAUGUGUAGCGUAGGUAAUUAACUGACCACGCUGCUCGUACAGCUAUAUAAAACAACUGCGAGAGGUCUCUUAUAGUUAGUUCAUUGCCUGUUCGGACACGGACGUUGUGCUUCUCUGUACCAUAUUGCAGUUGAUACACGUUAAUUUGUAAGAAAAGUGAUGGCGCCUGUGAAUGCGGAUGUCAAUGGGAGACAGGCUUAUGUCCCGGUGAAGGAAACGCUUCCAGAAGUUGACACGGAAAAUGGAAAAUCGGCGCAAGGAUAUUCGUAUGAAAUCUUAUUGGAAAUUGCCAAUUUCUUGUUGUCGCGGACCUCAGUGCGCCCGCGGAUCGGCGUCAUUUGCGGCUCUGGGAUGGGUUCGUAUUGGAAAGAGGGAUCGCUCGCCGAAACUAUAGAAGAUGCUACCUGCGUAGAUUACGAGGACAUUCCCAACUUUCCGAUCAGCACUGUUGAAGGUCAUCAUGGAAAAUUGGUGUUUGGGAAGCUGCAAGGCGUACCUGUAGUAGCUAUGCAAGGCCGUUUCCAUUACUACGAGGGGUAUCCUUUGUGGAAGUGUUGUCUGCCUGUACGAGUGAUGAAACUGCUAGGAGUGGAAACUUUGAUAGUGACGAACGCAGCCGGCGGACUGAAUCCCAGUUACAAGAUAGGCGACAUAAUGAUAGUGAGGGACCACAUCAACAUGAUGGGCUUCGCGGGAAACAACCCACUGCACGGGCCGAACGACGAGAGAUUCGGACCCAGGUUCCCGCCGAUGAACAAAGCCUAUAAGGUCGAGUUCAGGAAGAUUGCAAAAGAGGUGGCCGAGGAGCUAAAUAUGGAUGGUAUUGUACGGGAAGGCGUGUACACGUGUCUCGGGGGUCCCAACUUCGAGACGGUAGCAGAGUUGAACAUGCUCAAGAUGGUUGGAGUUGACGCCGUUGGAAUGUCGACAGUGCACGAGGUGAUCACCGCACGACACUGCGACAUGAACGUGUUCGCUCUAUCACUGAUCACCAACGAGUGCGUCACCAGUUACGACGACGCCGAAGCGAACCACGAGGAGGUGCUCGACGUGGGCAAAAUGCGACAGGACGUACUGAGGAAGUUCGUGUCGAGACUAGUGGACAGAUUCGUUCAAGACGCGACGUCGUCGCCGUGAAACUUUUCACACAAAAUUAUGAACAAAAUCCUAACGCUCUUCAUUUCAUCUCUUACGCGGUGUGGGUGUUGGUUCCGUACCUUACCCAAGGUCAACUUUCUAAAAAUCGGUCAUUUUAAUUUAUCCAUUUUUUAAAUUCAUUCCUUUACCAACGUGUUUUCGUUUUUCAAGACGCCAGGUGAACGGAAAUUAUCCUUUAGGUAUGUUACGAUUGCUUUGAGUGUCAAAGUAUGCGGUAUAAAAUAAGCAUAUUAAAUAGACUAUAU